UGUUUAACCCUAGCAGCAGUAGAAAAAGACAGAAAAACCAGGAGAAUGAUUCUUCAAGUCCUCCAAGGGCUUCAACUACUGUACAACAACAGAAGACUCCUGAACAGAUCGAGUGGGAGUCAAUGAGCAUGAAGAAAUAAAGAAGAUGUGCUGAAAUUCACCAGAGCUAAGAUUAAAGUAGAGACUGUUUUCAAAGACCCAUUAGAAAGAACAUUUUGAGAUGAUGAAGAUGAAUAUAACAUACAAGGAGAGCCCAGAGGUGACGGGUUCGGAACGUUUGAUUUUAAACAAGGAUAUAAGAUAUUCUAUAAUGUGUUAGAUAUUUCUCAUGACAUUCAUGACAAGGAUAUGAACAUCUUCCUCCAAUACUUUUGGACUAUGGUGCCAAUGCUUCGAGUUGCAGACUUAAAAUGAUUGUAUGAGCUUCUAGCCAAUGAUCUGAAAUUCAGAUUUGAGUGCAAAUGGAACAGAUGUACAAAAUUUAGAAAGAAGCUGAUAUCAAGAGUAAUAGAUUAUUUAUAUUCCUUCUAUGAUUAUGAAGAUUACUCGCACUCACUACCUGAGGACUCAAAUAAACAGAAUCAACCACUUGCAAAACUCUCAGACUAUAUCUAUCUGCGUCAAAAGAGCUUAGCAAAGCUAAUCCCCAAUAAGAGAAAUAGGUUCGCUCUGGCCUUCAGAGCCCCUCCUAAAAAUUAAGCUCAAAGAAGCUAUAGAAAACUGCCAGCUUCCUUCGAUGAAAGCCUGAGCAGCAAAGAUGAAUAGAGAAUUCAAGCGAAGAAUUUUUCAUCAGAGAAAUCACUCUAAGAGCUCAUCCAGGACUCGUCAGAGUCCUGAAAAGACCUCCAAGGAAUCUUCUGCUUCUAGAGUGAAAAAUUAUUUAAGGGACAUUUCUACACCUUUUGUCAAUAAAUCAGAUAAGAAGUCUCAGAAUCAGGUGCAUUUUCAAGAUGCAAAUGUAAACAUGGAGCCUGACCAACCCAAAACAAGAUUUCUCCGUAAGGAAGACCUAGAUGAUCCAGAAAUUCAAAAACUGGUCAGAGCCACAGCUGCGAAAUACAAGGAGUUCGGAGCCAGAGAAGCUAUCAAGACUGCUCUGGCUGAAAUCAGAGUCCCUGAUAACCAACCAAAGAAGAAGCCAAAGUCAAAAUCAGAGUCUAAAUCAAGAAUAAAAAGAAGAGAUCACGAGCGUGAUGAAAGAAGAUCAGAUAAAAAGAAAUACCCUAAGUUCACAGAGCAAUUUUUCCAAAAUCCAAAAGAGAGGCUCCAAAGAGUAUUUGAUGCUCCAAUUCCCUCGAAAGUAAAGACGCCAAAGAAGAAAGCCCCUGAAAAGACAGUAGUGGGAAGGCCUCCGUCUGGAGUGAGCCUGGAAGAGAUAGAGAAACAGGUGGAGAAGGAGGAAGAGCUCCCUCCUGUCGAACUUGACCUUGAAAAACUCAAACGGGAUGAAGAGAGAUAUGGACUUUUUACUGAAAUCUAUGAAAAAGGCAUCUUCAACUUUGAAGGCAAGGAUACUCUAGAGCAAAGAAUGAGAGACCAGCAAAGAGAGUUUGAAGAAAAAGAGGAGAUGGAGAGAAAUAAGCAUGAAAAUAAGCUUUUGAGGAACAUUUUCAUGGAUGACCAACAUAAUAGAGAAAGAAUCCCAUAUCCUGAACUGCUUUACUUUGACCACGCCAAAGAAAAUGAAGAUACACAGAAAGAUGGCUAUAGAUUGAUACCCAUUGAUCAUGGUACUCUCAAGAGAGAAGAGUACUGGAACAGCAUUGAUAGCGUCCCAAGAUUUUUCACUGAAGUGAAAUGUAAUGAUCCGUACUUUACAGUUCCAGAGGAUGAUUAUAGAAGAAAAAUCACACAAAAUGAAACAGUAGAGGAUUAUUUGACUUCGAAUUAUAUUACGCCUCCCACUGAGCAUAGAAUUGAGCCCCCUAAACCAAAGGUAGUCAAGCCUAAACCUAAAUGGAUUGAAAUGAAGGAAAAAUUAGAAAAAUUGAGAGAAAAAGACGAAAAAUCUAAAUUAUCUCAAACUCAAUCUCCUAAACUAAACACCAAUCAACUAAAACAAUUGCGCUCAUUCAUGCAAGGACCCCACUCAAAAGCACCAGCAUCAAUGAACUCUAAAACCCAUAAAUACCAUCACUGGGAACAUGGUAUGACCAAGGAUGAAUGGGAAAACUCUGCUGCCAACCCCAGAAAAGUCCUAAAACCCAAAGUACAAAAACCUUCAGUCUCCUCUUCAGACCAAUCCAAAAAUUCUCAAUCCAAGUCAAGCGGUAGAUUCAACUACCAGGCCACAGAUACAGUCCCGAAGCAAGACUCGGCUAAGACCAAUGCUAAAUUCAGGGAUUUCCUAAAGAACUUCAGGAAAGAAAAGAAAAAGUAACUAAACUCAACAACAUUCAUUCAAUUUCAGCCUUAA